AUUUAUUUAGAAACUUGUGUGCGGUGUUAGUAACGGCUACGUUCGAAGUAUUGAUUAGUAAACUGUUAUCGUUCAGUUUGUGAUAAUAUCUCUAUAUUUUGCAACAUGCAGAUCUUUGUGAAAACAUUGACUGGCAAAACCAUCACUCUUGAAGUUGAACCUUCAGAUACCAUUGAAAAUGUAAAGGCUAAGAUCCAGGACAAGGAAGGCAUUCCUCCAGAUCAACAACGUCUCAUCUUCGCUGGUAAACAACUUGAGGAUGGAAGAACCCUUUCUGACUACAAUAUUCAGAAAGAAUCUACACUUCAUUUGGUACUCAGAUUGAGGGGAGGCAUGCAGAUUUUUGUAAAAACUUUAACCGGAAAAACAAUCACUCUGGAAGUCGAACCUUCUGACACCAUUGAAAAUGUAAAGGCUAAGAUCCAGGACAAGGAAGGCAUUCCCCCAGAUCAGCAACGUCUCAUCUUCGCCGGUAAACAACUUGAGGAUGGAAGAACUCUUUCUGACUACAAUAUUCAGAAAGAAUCUACACUACAUUUGGUACUUAGAUUGAGAGGAGGCAUGCAGAUUUUUGUAAAAACUUUAACCGGGAAAACCAUCACCCUGGAAGUCGAACCUUCAGACACCAUUGAAAAUGUAAAGGCUAAGAUCCAGGACAAGGAAGGUAUUCCCCCAGAUCAGCAACGUCUCAUCUUCGCCGGUAAACAACUUGAGGAUGGAAGAACUCUUUCUGACUACAAUAUUCAGAAAGAAUCUACACUACAUUUGGUACUUAGAUUGAGAGGAGGCAUGCAGAUUUUCGUAAAAACUUUAACUGGAAAAACAAUUACUCUGGAAGUCGAACCUUCUGACACCAUUGAAAAUGUAAAGGCUAAGAUCCAGGACAAGGAAGGUAUUCCCCCAGAUCAGCAACGUCUCAUCUUCGCCGGUAAACAACUUGAGGAUGGAAGAACUCUUUCUGACUACAAUAUUCAGAAAGAAUCUACACUACAUUUGGUACUUAGAUUGAGAGGAGGCAUGCAGAUUUUCGUAAAAACUUUAACUGGAAAAACAAUUACUCUGGAAGUCGAACCUUCUGACACCAUUGAAAAUGUAAAGGCUAAGAUCCAGGACAAAGAAGGUAUUCCCCCAGAUCAGCAACGUCUCAUUUUCGCCGGUAAACAACUUGAGGAUGGAAGAACUCUUUCUGACUACAACAUUCAGAAGGAAUCUACACUUCAUUUGGUACUCAGGUUGAGGGGAGGAAUGCAGAUUUUCGUAAAAACUUUAACCGGAAAAACAAUUACUCUGGAAGUCGAACCCUCUGACACCAUUGAAAAUGUAAAGGCUAAGAUCCAGGACAAAGAAGGUAUUCCGCCAGAUCAGCAACGUCUCAUUUUCGCCGGUAAACAACUUGAGGAUGGAAGAACUCUUUCUGACUACAACAUUCAGAAGGAAUCUACACUUCAUUUGGUACUCAGGUUGAGGGGAGGAAUGCAGAUUUUCGUAAAAACUUUAACCGGAAAAACAAUUACUCUGGAAGUCGAACCUUCUGACACCAUUGAAAAUGUAAAGGCUAAGAUCCAGGACAAAGAAGGUAUUCCCCCAGAUCAGCAACGUCUCAUUUUCGCCGGUAAACAACUUGAGGAUGGAAGAACUCUUUCUGACUACAACAUUCAGAAGGAAUCUACACUUCAUUUGGUACUCAGAUUGAGGGGAGGAAUGCAGAUUUUCGUAAAAACUUUAACUGGAAAAACAAUUACUCUGGAAGUUGAACCUUCCGACACCAUUGAAAAUGUAAAGGCUAAGAUCCAGGACAAAGAAGGUAUUCCCCCAGAUCAGCAACGUCUCAUUUUCGCCGGUAAACAACUUGAGGAUGGAAGAACUCUUUCUGACUACAACAUUCAGAAGGAAUCUACACUUCAUUUAGUACUCAGGUUGAGGGGAGGAAUGCAGAUUUUCGUCAAAACUUUAACCGGAAAAACAAUUACUCUGGAAGUCGAACCUUCUGACACCAUUGAAAAUGUAAAGGCUAAGAUCCAGGACAAAGAAGGUAUUCCCCCAGAUCAGCAGCGUCUCAUUUUCGCCGGUAAACAACUUGAAGAUGGAAGAACUCUUUCUGACUACAACAUUCAGAAGGAAUCUACACUUCAUUUGGUACUCAGGUUGAGGGGAGGAAUGCAGAUUUUCGUAAAAACUUUAACCGGAAAAACAAUUACUCUGGAAGUCGAACCUUCUGACACCAUUGAAAAUGUAAAGGCUAAAAUCCAGGACAAAGAAGGUAUUCCCCCAGAUCAGCAGCGUCUCAUUUUCGCCGGUAAACAACUUGAAGAUGGAAGAACUCUUUCUGACUACAACAUUCAGAAGGAAUCUACACUUCAUUUAGUACUCAGGUUGAGGGGAGGAAUGCAGAUUUUCGUAAAAACUUUAACCGGGAAAACAAUCACUCUGGAAGUCGAACCUUCUGACACCAUUGAAAAUGUAAAGGCUAAAAUCCAGGACAAAGAAGGUAUUCCCCCAGAUCAGCAACGUCUCAUUUUCGCCGGUAAACAACUUGAGGAUGGAAGAACUCUUUCUGACUACAACAUUCAGAAGGAAUCUACACUUCAUUUGGUACUCAGGUUGAGGGGAGGAAUGCAGAUUUUCGUCAAAACUUUAACCGGGAAAACAAUCACUCUGGAAGUCGAACCUUCAGACACCAUUGAAAAUGUAAAGGCUAAGAUUCAAGACAAGGAAGGUAUCCCCCCAGACCAGCAACGUCUUAUUUUCGCCGGCAAACAACUCGAGGAUGGUCGUACCUUAUCCGAUUAUAAUAUUCAAAAAGAAUCCACAUUGCACUUGGUUCUUCGUUUGCGUGGAGGAUAUUGACUAUCAUGUAAUUUCUUUAUUUAUAGUAUGUCAAGGCUGACUUUUUCAUUUUUUUGAGUAAAUAAAUAUUUCCUUCUUGAAAAA